GCAAUAGAACAAGAGCAUCAGGAUAUUGUAGCAUACCUGUUGUCCGAAUACGUUCCUCCUUCAUCGCAUGAGGUGAGACAAGCUACUCUGACCAAGAAUACGGCAAUACUGCAGCUAUUGUUCGAAACAGCUUGGGAUAUCAAUCAAGCGCUUGGAUGGGAAGAUCCUCCAGCACUUGCAUGUGCCGUUACGGACCCCGAUCUCACUGCCUGGUUUUUGGCUCACGGCGCUGAUCCGAAUGCCAGCUCUAUAAUGGAAGAGACUCCAUUAUCUACUGCCGUUCGAGACGCACCUUUCCCUGUUAUCCAGAUGCUGUUUGCUCAUAGCGGUAAUGUCAACCAAGGCCACUUGCUUCACUCCGCUGUCUGGCGUAAGCUAGAUGAUCGCAAGACUGUAAUGGAGUUCCUGAUACGAAAAGGCGCGCCAGUGAACGCAGUCAUGUACGAGGACCGGCCUGAGCUCUACCUAAUGCGUAAGCCAUUCGGACUUGGUACUCCUCUCCACACUGCUGCUGCUACAGGGCAUGAAGACGUUCUUCAGGUACUGGUUAGCCACGGUGCACGGCUCGAUAUCAAGGACUCAUGCGGAGACCUAGCCGUAGAUAUCGCAGAAGCUGAGGGCCACAGUCGUGCAGCGCAAUAUCUG